GGCGAAAGUGGCUCAGUUAACGCAGAAUUGUCAAAGCAGUCGCUACAGCCAGACCUAAGGAUAUUCAGAGAUACAUUUAGAAGGAACUAUGUCUUACUACGACGACGAGCGCCGCCAUCAUCACCAUCAUCACGGACGUCCCAUUGUGGAGGUGGAUAUUGUGCCACCACGUCUGCCCCGCCCCGUCGUAGAGAUCGAUGUCGGUUCGCGGUAUCCCUCUUACAGACCGGAAGUUGUCGAGGUGGUCACACCGGCGGCUGUCUAUCAGCCACCGCCGCCACGCCCCAUCGUCGAGGUAGAUGUGGUGCGACCCAGUCGACCAUUCAUCGAGUUCAACAUCGGCGGGCGCCGUCCACGCGAGGAAGUGGUCAUCGUGGAGCAACAGCGGCCCUGCUGGUAACAACCGCAAGCGGAAAUCGCAUUCAAAUGUUAAACAGCAAAAAAUAGUAUUUAUUUUUAAUUGAAAUUAUAUGACUAACAAAACUGAAAGUAUCUAUGUUAUUUGUCACUCGCAUAAAUGUAAAAACUUUUCUAAAAGCUGUGUCUGAAUGUGUUUAAUAUUAUUAAAAGCUUUUGCCUAAUGCGGCAAUUGCGACAAUUGCGACAAUUGCUUUAAUUGCAUU